AAUUACCUAUUGAAAACAUUAUACUAUAUGAAUUGUGUAGGUACUAAUCAUAUAAUUUAUGAACUAUGUUUUUAGCAUUAAGAAAAAAUACCUCUAGAUACCCCUAAUAAUAAUAAAAUGUGGUCACCAUUUUCCUCUAAUCGAUGUGUUAGGUACUUCAUAUAUUUAGUAUAAUGAUUCAUUUUAAAUAGCAACUGCUUAGAAAACUAACGUGUGAAUUGUUAAAUCAACUUGUAUUCAAAAUGUGUGGGUGUUUCGUUGUGCUGGCACAAAUUGUGGUUUUCAUAUCUAAUUUAGUGAUAAUGCUUUUAGGUGGACUUGCAACGGGAGCUGGGGUCUUAAUCAAGGUUUUUAUAGAUUCAAGUCUGGAAGCACUACAAAUUGAGGAUCUACCAGAUGUAUCUGAUUUGAAAGUAUUAGUAAUACCGCUUAUAGUGGCUGGUGUAGUAAUAUUCGUGUUUGGCAUUACUGGUUGCAUCGGAGCUACUUGCAAAGUUAUAUGCUGUCUGAUCUUGAACGUCGCGGGAUUUGUUAUCCUCGCUGUUAUGACAAUUUAUCUUCUAGUAAAAUGGAUACAGUUGUUAGCGCAAACUGAAUCAUUCAUAAAUGACUUACUGUCAGAAUAUCUAUUCAACAACAAUGCAGCACAGAAUGGAACUUUCCAAUUAAUUGAGUAUACGUUACAAUGCUGUGGAGUGAACGGAACGGAUUCGUAUGUUGCUGCUGGGUUGCCCAUCCCUCCUACCUGCUGCACAAACAAUACAGAUGCGAUUGAUAUCGCUACUAUUGCUCCUGGAAUUACCAUCCCUCCCGGCGCCAACAUAACCUGCCAUAGCAUUGGUUGCGGUACUGUACUCUCCGAUUACGUUCUAGAGUACGGGUCUAUUUUCAAAAUUGCCUUAAUAGUAAUUGUCUGUAUAGAGAUUGUGACAAUAGGUUUUGACAUGCUCAUCGCUUGCUCCAAGAAGAAAAAGUAAAACAUGUUAUAUAUAACAAGGCAGAUAAAAAAUUACUAGAAUUUACAGGGAAAGCGUAUAAUUAUUUAAGUAUUCCUAGGUAAAUUAAAAUUCAGCCCAUUGGUGUCUGUAACAAUAGUAAUUUUAUUAUUUAAAACCUCUGAGAUUUGUGACCUUGUUUUUUCUCCACAUAAUAAAUGAUUAGCAACUUUGUAAAUAAUAAACUUUAUUUCUGUA